AGGACCUUCAGGUGGAUGCAGACUAUGAUAUUUGCAAUCGAGGAGAUAAACAAAAACCCAAAUCUCCUGCCGAAUAUCACGCUGGGCUAUCAGAUUUAUGAUUCUUGCAGCACACCUCUGCAGGCUCUCCGCACAGCAUUGGCUGUGACAGGGGGUCACCUGGGAGAGGAGAGGGAUGAUGAUGACUCAAAGUGCAGUGGAACAGUGCCUGCGGUUAUUGGGGAUGGGGGAUCAACACUGUCUCUGGUAGUGGCCAGAUUCUUGGGUGUUUUUCACGUUCCACAGGUGAGCUACUUCUCCAGUUGUGCCUGUCUGAGUAACAAAGUCGAGUUCCCCGCUUUCCUGAGAACCAUGGCCAGCGACUUCUUCCAAGUGGACGCCCUGGCCCAGCUGGUCAGGCACUUCGGCUGGACGUGGGUCGGCGUGCUGGCGGGCGACGACGCCUACGGCCGAGGCGGCGCUCAGAUCUUCGCCGACGAGGUCAGGAAGCUCGGGGCCUGCGUGGCGCUGCACGAAGUCAUCCCCAAGAACCACGCCGAGAGCCACAUGGCCCGCAUCGUGGAGCGCGUCCGGGAGUCGGGGGCGCGAGUGGUGCUGCUGUUUGCGGUGGAGCAGGACGCCGGGGCUCUGCUCCGAGAGGCGCUACGGCAGAACCUGACGGGGGCCAUGGGGUUUGCGAUACAUAGAGCUGAUAUCCCUGGACUGAAGUCCUUCCUGUUACGGUUACACCCCUCCGUGGAGCCCAAUGAUCCCUUCGUUCGAAUGUUCUGGGAAAGUCUGUUUGGUUGUUCGCUACGGCCUGAAAACGCUGGUUCUAAUGAUAAACCGUCGUGCACUGGUUUGGAAGACUUGACCAGCACAAAGAACAUUUACGCAGAUGUGACUCAGCUGAGGAUAUCGUAUAAUGUGUAUAAAGCUGUGUACGCCAUUGCUUAUGCCCUGGAAGCUAUGGUUAAAUGUGAGCCAGGAAAAGGCCUCCUUCAUGAGGCUGUGUGCCCUAACAUGUCCACGAUACAGCCAUGGCAGCUACUAGAAUACCUGAAACAGGUGGAGUUCACUAAUGACUUUGGUGAAGAGAUGAAAUUUGAUGAGAACGGUGACCCGGUUGCCAUGUAUGAUCUGAUCAACUGGCAGCUGGCAGCCGAUGGCGUGGUGAAAUAUGUCACCGUUGGAAAAUUUGAUGAAACUACUCGCAACAAACUCGAGAUUGAAGAGGAAGCUAUUCUAUGGACAGGUGCAAGUAAAGAAGUCCCUCUCUCCGUAUGCAGCGAGAGCUGUCCCCCGGGCACCCGCAGAGCCAUCAAGCCCAACUUCCCUGUUUGCUGCUUUGACUGCAUUUUAUGCACAGCUGGGGAGAUUAGCAAUCAGACAGAUGCCAUAGAAUGCAAGCAGUGCCCGCCCGAGUUCUGGUCCAACGCGCGGAGGAACUCGUGCGUGCCCAAGCAGGUGGACUUCCUGUCCUACAGGGACACCAUGGGCAUCACCCUGAUGGUGGUCUCCAUCGUGGGCUUCUGCAUCACCUUGGCCGUCGUCCUCAUCUUCGCCUGCAACAGCGCCACGCCCAUCGUCAAAGCCAACAACUCUGAGCUCAGUUUCCUCAUCCUGGUCUCUCUGAGCCUAUGCUUCCUGUGUGCCCUGCCUUUCAUCGGCGAGCCGACGGCCUGGACGUGCAUGCUGCGCCACACGGCGUUCGGCAUUACCUUCUCCCUCUGCAUCUCCUGCAUCCUCAGCAAGACCGUGGUGGUGCUGAUGGCCUUCCGGGCCACGCUGCCGGGGUCGGCGGUGAUGAAGUGGUUCGGGCCCCGCCAGCAGAGGGCCAUGAUCACCGCAGGGACUGCUGUGCAGGUGGUCAUCUGCGGGGCAUGGCUGGCCGUGGCACCCCCCACGCCACGCAAGCUCUCCAGCCGGGAGACGCAGCAGAUCGUCCUGCUGUGCGACGAGGGCUCGGCCCUGGCCUUCUCCCUUGUGCUAAGCUACAUCGGCCUGCUAGCUAGCCUCAGCCUGCUGCUGGCCUUCCUGGCACGGAAGCUCCCCGGCAGCUUCAACGAGGCCAAGCUCAUCACCUUCAGCAUGCUGAUCUUCUUCGCCGUCUGGGUGGCCUUCGUGCCGGCCUACGUCAGCUCGCCGGGCAAGUACUCCACGGCCACGGAGGUCUUCGCCAUCCUGGCGUCCAGCUACGGCCUGCUGGUCUGCCUGUUCUCCACCAAGUGCUACGUCAUCUUGCUGAAGCCGGAGAAAAACACUAGGAAACAUAUGAUGGCUAAAACGGCACAGGACAAUCGAUACUGA